AUGUCUGCCAUUUCUGAGGAAAGGGGAAGAGAAUGUGGCGGAAGUGAUGAUGUGCCAGCUCCAUCUCUAGGCCGCAAGAUCAUGGUCCUUUCUAAAUCUUCUCUUCAAUUCCUGCUGUGUGGGAAGAAUAAGGCUGCUGGGAAGCAAGAGAACAUGUGGAACAGACCCCACUUGUCCCAGCUGGGGCUGUCCAAGGGCAGCAUAGUGCUAGUGUCCCCCAAAUAUUUGUCGGAAGACGUGGAGAUGCUGGAAGACGUGGAGUUGCUGGAAGACGAGCAGAUGCUGGAAGCCCUGGAGAUGCUGGAAGCCCUGGAGAUGCAGGAAGACGUGGAUUUUCUGGAAGACACAAAUUUGUUGGAAGACGUGGGUAGGCCGGAAGACAUGAAUUUGAUGGAAGACACAGCCUUGUUGGAAGACGUGGAUUUGCUGGAAGACAUCGAUUUUCUGGAAGACGUCGAUUUUCUGGAAGACCUGGAGGUCAUUGGAAGACGUGGAUUUCCUGGAAGACAUGGAUUUUCAGGAAGACCCGAGUUGUCUGGAAGACCUGGAUUGUUUGGAAGACGUAGAUUGGCUGGAAGACCUGGAGGUUCCUGGAAGACAUGGAUUUUUUUCCGGAAGACGUGGAUCUCUAGGAAGACAUAUAUUUGUUGGAAGACCUGGAUCUAGUGGAAGACAUAAAUUUUCUGGAAGACGUGGCUUUAUUAGAAGACCUGGAUUUAUUUAGUGGAAGACAUAAAUUUUGUUUGGAAGACGUCGAUUGACUAGAAGACUGGAUUUGGUGGAAGACAUGGAUUGGUUGGAAGAUCUGGACUUUUCUGGAAGAUAUGGAUUUGGUGGAAGACGUAUAUUUUUCUGGAAGACAUGGAGUGAGUGGAAGACCUGGAUUUCUUUCUGGAAGACAUCAAUUGACUGGAAGACCUGGAUUUUCCGGAAGACAUAAGUCAGCUGGAAGACUUGGAUUGAUUGGAAGACUUGGAUUUGGUGGAAGACAGUUUUUUUCUGGAAGACAUGGAUUGGCUGGAAGACCUUGAAAUUGCUGGAAGAUGUGGAUUGUCUGGAAGACCUUGAAACCAUUGGAAGACAUGGAUUUUCUGGAAGACGUGGAUUUUCCUGGAAGACGUGGAUUUUCCUGGAAGAUAUGGGUUUUAUGGAAGACCUAUAAUUACUGGAAGACGUGGAUUAUCUGGAAGACAUGGAUUAUCUGGAAGACCUUGAUGUUGUUGGAAGACUUAGAAUUUGUUGGAAGACUUGGAGUUGCUGGAAGACCUGGAGUUGUUGGAAGACCUUGACACUGGCACCAUUGGAAACCCUGGACAUUGGAGACAUUGGAAGCACAGGAUAUUGGAGACAUUGGAAACCUUAGAUUUUGUGGACAUUGGUUAUUCUGGACGUUGGAGACUUUGGAGACCCUAAAUGUUUGGAAUUCAUGGGUAUUGGAAGCCCUGAAUACUUAGAGGCAUUGUAAGUCCUGCACCUUGGAAGCCCUAAACAUUGGAAGAUAUAGACAAUGGAAGAUCUAGACAUUUAGAAAUCCUAAAAUUGGAAGCCCUGGGUAUCGGGAGAUAUUUGGGAAACCUGGAUAUUGACACAUUCAUGUUAAGACACAGAAUUUGGAAGCUAUAAUUUUCAUGAUGCUGGAAGUCAAGGACGUUGGCAGCCCUAGACAUUAAGAGACUUGGACAGUAAGAUGUCAGGAUGUCAAAAGACCAAGUCAUCCAGACAUUGGGGAUGUUGGAACACCUAACCAUUGGAAAACCUGGUUCUUAAGAGAUAUUGAAAGACUUGGGCAGUGGAAGAACUGGUGAUAAUGAGACAUUGUAAAAUCAGAAUUUAGGAGACACUAAAAAUUGUAGGAACCAAAUGAUGUGAGAGCUAGAAGAUAUUAGAAGAGCUGCACUAGGACACAAUAAAACGUGGACUCUAGAAGACGUGCAUAUAUGGGACACUGGAGGAUUGGGAACAUAGAGAAAUUGGAACUUAGAACUCUGGACCCUGAGACAAGACCUGGAACUUGAUGAUUGAUUAUUGGAGAAAGUAGAAGACCUAGAGUUUUAAUGUCCCCAAUGAUGAGGAGAUUAGAAAACCCUGGCAUUGGAGAUGCUUCAGGCCAGAGAGUGGAAGAUGUGGGCAUUGUAACAUUUAGAAGAUCUGGCAAUUGGAGAUGUUGGAAGCUGUGAAGCUCAGAAAACCUGAUGUUAGAGAUACUAACGAAUCAAAAGGCCUAAUCUUAGAGAUACUAGAAGGUCAUGUUGAAAGAUAUUGGCAAGGUUGAAAGACUUUCACAUAUGGACCUGAUGUGACAUUUAAAGACAUAUGAUAAGGCUACUCUAGUAGUCUUUAUAACUAUGGCAUCUCUCACUAAAAAGCAAAACACAGAGAAAGGACAUCUUAGGAAGAUGACAAAGAGGAAGCAGGGAAAUUCAAGCGAAAGCAAGUAGUUUGAAUGGGUUGGAACCUAUUUUCAUAGUCCCAGUGAACUAGCCUUGUAUUGUUUGACAGGAUGUGAAUGAGGAAUUAUCAAAGAUGAAGGAAUAUCCAGCUUGGAGAACUACUUGACUUUAAAUAGGAGUCAGCCAGCCAACGUUUUCUGUAAAUAGUUAAGAUUUUGCGGGCCAUAUGGUUUCUAUCGCAACUACUCAAUUCUAUCAUUAUAAUGUAGCCAUAGGCGAUACAUAAAUGAGUGGGCAUGGUUGUGUUGCAAUAAAACUUUUAUUUAAAAAAAGUUGGGCCAGUUUUGACCCAAAGGCCUUAGUUUGCCAGUUCCUGCUCUAGAUGCCAAAUCUAGGGUAUAGUAAGUAUAUUAAGUACAUCCCAGGCUAGCAUUCACAUGCAAAAGAGUGUGUAGAGCAAUUUGAAGCCCGGUGGUAAAUAAAGAUACCAUGUAUGUGAUGAUGCUCAGGAGAGGCGGCUAGCAAGAACCUGAGAAUGGAGUUUAGAUCUCCACUUAAUUAUUCCAGGGGCACAACAAGAAUAUUUGUAUUUAGAGCCAAAAUUGAAUGGGUAGCAUUCAGGACCCCAGGCAAACGGGGCUGGGGUUCAGUGAGGAUACCCUAACUCGAUAGGCUGGAAGCUUAAAAAGAAUAUUAAAGAAGAAAGUCACUUUUACACACCGGGGUUAUCCUUCCAGGACUAAGCACCGUUCAUCCAAAGAGAGGGAGUCCCCAGCCCAGGGCAGAGAAUAAGUGGCAAAGCCUUCACUCUGUGUCCCAUAUUCUUCUCAUUAGGACACUCAUCAUGCCACCGCCAAUUAAUCAAGAGCCAAGUCUAGGUGUUCGUAAUAAUGGAGGAGAAGAGGAAGGAGACUACAGCUUUGAAGUCUCAUCUCAGGCACUCUGGCUUCAGGUAAUAAGUCUGAUUUCUGCUCUUACCCACCAGAGCUUAAGCAACAAACGUAAGAGAUCAGGGUUGAGUUGUAAGCUGAAGAUCUUUAGUACUUAGGCAGAGCUGAGGAAGACACGGGUGAUCACAUACACUGUAGGAAGGAGAACACCGGCCGGCAAAACUGGUUACAAUACGCUGGGACCGGGUCAUGAUUUAAAGGUUAAGUAGUGGAAUAUAGAGACAAUGGGCAGCCACUGAAGAUUUUUGGACAAGGAAGUACCAGCAUCCGAAUUGUACACGUGGAAAAUUUGUCAAGCAGCCAAGUGCCGAAGACUACCAGACAUAAUAUACUAGAACAUCAAAGACUCCCAGGUUCAAACACUAAAAGAGUUGGGAUGUGAGUUAUGAAGCCACUAUAAUCAUCCAGGCUAAGUGGUAAUGGGGGCUUGAACUGAGGCAGUGACAGCUCUGUUACCCAACAGAUCCAGCAUUUGGAUGAUGAUGAAUACUCAGCAUUCUGGAAAGCAUGAUUGAUGCUAAGUUUCUUGAAUGCCAUCACAGAAUGCAUGAAAUAGCAAAGAUGUUCAGAAGCGAGUUAUGCGGAAUUGUCCUCCCCUCGUAAGAGUACUUAGAUAUCCAAUUUUCUCUCAAAGGCAGAGCUAAUAAUUUGGUGGUUUAAGCAAAGUAGGUCCUAUAGAGCUUUAUUGUUAGCUCCUAUUAACACAGAGUGACUUAAUUAUCUUAAAAGUGGAACCAAGUGGAUGGAUUAUUUUCUAGAGAAUAGGAAUAUAUCCA